UUUUCGCGCACGAAGACUAUGCUGCCUAACCACCUAGACGAUAGCUUCGCCUUCUGUGAUUGGCUGACGCCUGACAGUCAUCGCGGCAACCGUUGUUGAUCGACGGCACCGCGACCGGUGUAAUUUUAUCGCAAGCCGCCGUUAACUAUUUGUGUAUUGCCGUGUAUACCUACCACGUUUUUUUUCUAAUGUGUUAUGCGAUCGCCGACGUUAUUCUCGCCAUAUUGCAAUCGCCGCUCACUGCCAUUAAGCAUUUUUUAAUUCUGCUAGUGUCGAGUAACGUUAUUACUUUUCGUCGUUCAUCGAAUACCUAAGUGCUUUCAUCAUUACACGUGUUGAGACAUCGUCUGAUCGCCACCACUCGACUACCUACUCUACACUCGCUGCCAACGGUCUCAAGAACAUGAUUAUUAGUCAAAGAAGUUUUUAAUUUUGGUUUUUUCCUUUGUAACACUGUCAUAGUGGUCUGUGUUCACCAUUGAACAGAGUAGUAAUUGUUUGUGUGCUCUUAAAAAAGCAUCAAGAUAAUUACGUUUAUAUAACUUUAACAAGUAUUCACUAUGUCAGACUCUGAAGAAAACGCCCUUGAAAACGCUGAAGUUGUAGAAUUAAGAACAUUACAUCCUCAUAACCAAAUAUCUUCUCGGCAGUUACGACGAAGAGUGCAAAGCCAAAUCAAAGCUGUAAAAAGUGUGUUGUUUCCUGAUACACAUCUAUCAAUAACCCGAAACCAAAAAAAACAUAAGAGUCAUGAAAUGGCAGUAGAAUGUAAUACUAAUACAUUAAAUAUUAACAACUCAUCAAAUUCUAUACAUGCAGUUGGUUCAAACCAAAUUAUUGAUUCAUCUAUUAUACAGCCUUCUCAUAGUAUUAAUUUUCUGAAUUCAAUUAAUGUGUCACAAUUUCAAGAAGUUCAACCUAUAAGUAAUUUUGAAUUUGACUUAAUAUCAUUUAAAAAUAAACUAGCAGAAUGGGCAGUCAAUAAUGGGAUAAGCCAUACUUCAUUACGUACUCUUCUAUCCAUAUUAAAGACUCACAGUUGUUUCAAUGAUUUUCCUAUAGAUUCUAGGACAUUAUUAAAUACUCCUAGAAAUGUUAAUAUAAAAGAAAUUAAUCAUGGCCUUUAUUGGCAUUAUGGCCUUAAAAGAGGAAUUUUAUCUUUCAUUAAUAAAAAUAAAAUAUUCUGUAAUUCAACCAUAAUUGAACUUAUGAUUGGCAUCGAUGGUUUACCUAUAAGCAAGUCUUCGGGGAGUCAGUUGUGGCCUAUCCUUGGUUCAAUAAUAGGCUGCAAUGAAGUUUUUGUAAUUGGUAUUUAUCAUAGUUAUUCAAAAAAGCCAGAAAGUUGUGAACAAUUUUUAAGCGAUUUCAUUGAAGAAGCAAUAGACAUUGUAGACAAUGGUUUAUUAUAUAAUAAUAAAAAAUACCCAUUUAAAAUAAAAAUAAUAUGUGCAGAUGCACCUGCAAAAUCCUUUAUAUUGGGUGUUAAAGGCCAUACUGGGUAUUCAAGUUGUACCAAAUGUUGGGACGAAGGAAAAAAUAUUGAAAGAAGAAUCUGCUUUUCUCAUGUCUCUGGUCGAAAACGUACUGAUGAAGAAUUUGUACUUAAAUCAGAUAAUGACUAUCAUAAUUAUUCAUGUCCAUUAGAACGUAUUCCAAAUAUUGGACUUGUUACCAACGUACCUCUGGACUAUUUACAUUUAGUAUGCUUAGGUGUCAUGAAAAAACUUUUAAAUUUAUGGUGUAGUGAUAGAUUAAGUGUACGUUUACAAUUCAGAAAAGUAAAAUUAAUUUCUGAUAAACUUGAAAAAUUGGUUAAACCUUACACACCAAUAGAGUUUCAAAGAAAACCAAGAGGAUUGAUGUUUUUUAGGCAAUGGAAAGCAACAGAAUUUAGACAACUGUUAUUGUAUAGUGGCCCUGUAAUAUUCAAAUCUAUUCUUUCCCCAGACAUAUAUAACAACUUUCUUGUUCUACACUUUGCCAUAACAUUAUUAAUUUCCAAAAAAUUUUGCUUUCAAGAAAAUUAUUUAGAAUAUGCAGAAAAUUUGCUCAAACAUUUUGUUGCAAGUUUUAGAUUAAUUUAUGGCAAACAUCACGUUUCUCAUAAUGUUCACGGUCUCUUACAUUUAGUAGACGAUGUAAGACAUUUUGGUCCUUUAGACACAUUUAGUUCUUUUCGAUUUGAAAAUUUUAUGCAAAAACUUAAAGUUCUGAUUAAAAAAGAUGAUAAACCUUUACAACAAAUCGCCAAAAGAUUACAAGAAAUUGAUAUUUAUGGAAUCAAGUCUCAGCAUAAUAAAAACAUUCAAGUUAAAAUAAGUUUGAAAAAUAAACAUGCAAGUGGUCCAAUAAUAAAUGGUUGCACAAUACAAUACUCAGUGUUAAAACUCGAAGGCAUGACAUUUGACAUUAAUAGUAAAGCUAAUAAUUGUUGUGAAUUAAGAAAUGGGAAGAUUGUUAUUAUUGAUAAUUUUUGUUACAAUGAAAAAUUUCAAGAUAAUAUUGUAAUUGGAAAAGAAUUCUUGAAUAUAAAACCUUUAUAUACUUUACCUUCUUCAUCUUCAAACUUAGGAAUUUAUGAAGUAUCAAAACUUUCACAACAGUUGAGUUGGCCUGUUAAAUUUAUUAUUGGAAAAUAUUUUCUUUUUCCAAUUUCUUAUGAUCAUUUAAUGUUUGCUGCUAUGCCACUUUUACAUAUUGAUCAAGAAGAGAGACCAUAUCUUUAGUUAUACGUAUAUCAUUA